AGAAGAAGAAGAAGAAGAAGAAGAAGAAGAACUUCUUCUUCCUCUGUGUGCUUUUGGACAGCUGUUUCUGUCCACGGCCAGUCCACACUUCAGUUUUCUCUUUAUAGAUUUUUAAAACACAUUGAAUAAAGAUGGCAGACGAUCUGAGAGCAGAGCUGGAGAAAUACCUGCAGACUUUAGACAUCCAGACCUCCUGCGUGGAGCACCCACCGGUGUUCACGGUGGAGGAGAUGAUGCCUCACCUGCAGGAAGUGAGCGGAGCCGUCACUAAGAACCUCUUCCUGAAGGACAAGAAGAAGAAAGGCCUGUGGCUGGUGUCGGCCCGCCAUGACCGCCAGGUGAACCUCAACGACCUCGCCAAGAAGCUCGGCGUCGGCAGCGGCAACCUGCGCUUCGCAGACGAGGCGAUCAUGUUGGAGAAACUCAAGGUGGGUCAGGGCUGUGCGACGGCCCUCGCUCUGCUCUUCGAUCGAGACCACAGUGUGAAGUUUGUCCUGGACCAGGACCUGGUGGAGGGGGGUCAUGAGAGGGUCUUCUUCCACCCCAUGACCAACAGCGCCACCAUGGGGCUGCGACCCGAAGACCUGCUGCGCUUCCUCCAGGAAACGGGACACGAGCCCGUCCUGCAGAGCUUCGACUAAACGGGACUUAGACAUGGACAUGAUUUGGACAUAAACAUGGGUUAAGAAGACAAACCUGCAGAGACAAACAUGAACUUAUUCUUCUUUUUUUUAAAGAUUUUACCACUAUACUUUUAUUAUUGUGAAAGAACACGAGGCAUAAUGUGUAAGAUGGAUAUACAUGUUUCAAAAAGGUAUAUGCUGCGUUGAAUGAAUGUUAUCUAUGAACUGUUCAAGUUACAAAAAAUACUGUGCAGUAAAAUAUCUGAAUACUUCAGGUGAAGUCAU